UCACGCGAUGUGGCGCGAACGCUCCGCCUCCUGCAGUGGGUCGUCGCAAUGAUGUCGGAUCGCUGAGAGAGUUCGGUGGCGGUGGGGGACCGUGUUUAAGUGAAUAUGUGGUCGUUAGUGCCGAUCGCCUCAGCCGGAGAAGAGCUCUACCAUUUGUUGGUUGGUGUGGAUUACAUUGUUGGUCGAAAGAACUGUACAAUUCUUCUACGUGAUGACCAGUCCAUUAGUCGUUCACAUGCUGCACUUUCAGUUAGUCACCCUGCUGCAAAUUUGACCCAAGUUACGAAAAAUUCUGUACUGACAUUAAAAGAUACUUCAAAGUAUGGAACCUUUGUAAAUGGGGAGCGCUUACAAAAUGAUAGCCCGCGGAUUUUGAAGGCAGGAGAAUUGGUCACAUUUGGUCUUUUCCAAAACAAGUUCAGAGUAGAAUAUGAACCUUUGAUUGUAUGCUCUUCCUGUUUGGAUGGACAAGAAAAAAUUGAACUAAACAAGUCAGUUCAAGCACUUGGAGGCCAUCUUAUCAGCAGUUGGACAGAAGCUAGCACUCACCUUGCCAUGUCAUCAGUCAAGGUCACUGUGAAGACCGUAUGUGCAAUGAUUUGUUGUCGACCCAUAGUGAAACCAGAAUUCUUCAUCAGUCUCACCAAGGCAAUCCGGAAUAGACAACAUCUUCCCAGUCCAGAAAGUUUUUAUCCACCAAUUGAUGAACCUAGUAUCAAGCCUGGAGAGUUGGACCUUACAAUAAAGCCUGAAAGAAAAUCGAUUUUUAGAGGCAAAACGUUCAUCUUUUUAAAUGAAAAGCAGCACAAGAGGCUGAAUUCUGCUCUAAUUCUUGGAGGAGGAGAUGUUAAACUUUUAGGGAAUAGUACCUCAGAUAUAUCAAUCCUUGAAACACCAGGAAGCUGUGUCAUUGAUGUUGGAGUGUCAGAUUCUCAAACUGCCUCAAAUUCAGGAGAAAAAUUGUUUGAGUCAGUGAUGAGAGCUUUACAAAGAAAAGGGCUACGUGCUAUAUCUGAGGCAGAGCUUGGUUUUGCAGUUAUUCACAAUUCAACAGAUAUAUAUUGUAAUCCCUACCGGGAGCUUGAUCAGGGAGUUUUCUCCUCUUCAAGAACAAUUCCAGGCCCUACACUUUCUCAAAAUGUUAGAAUGGCUGAUAUGACUGCUGCAGAUACUUCGCAAGUUGCUGCAUAUGUACCAGAUACACAAUCAACACAAGAGCACAGUACAAGCCUGCUUCAGUGGGGAGAACAUUUUGGUAGUCUCAAUUCUGCAGAGACAUUGUCAGGAAUGAAUGUAGAUUAUACACAAGUGAUAAAAGAGACACCUGAAAAGGGAAGCAGAAUGGAAUCACAGGAUAUUUCAGUGGCAAAGGAAACAUCCAGCAUGAGACCACUACUUCCAGCAGAUAAAAGACAGAACAAAGAACAGAGACAAACAUUUGUCACUGUUGACAAAAAGCCAUUCAUAACAACAACACUCAAAAAUGUUAAAAAGAAAGGCAGCAUCUCUUCACAAAAGCAAUCAGUCUUAUUACACAACUUCUUUCAGCCAGUGGGGAGAAAAAGGGAAAGAGAGGAGACAGGAUCGUCUCAAGCUAAAUUUGCAAGAACAGAGGAGCCAAAAAAACCCACUGAUCAUCACCUAAAUGUCACUGAAUCUUUGUUGGAAAAGAAUGACUCCAAGUUCACAGGACACAGGAGUCAGUGUGAAUAUCUUUCUGCAAAUCAUGAAACUGGAGCCUGUGAUCAGAGUUCAGAAGACAGCCCUAGAGGAUUUGGUGAAGUAGAAACUGUUCCCAAUCAUGCAAAGGAAAUACAAAAAAGAAAAGAGCCAGAAGAUGAAAAUCUGAAAAAUGACCUGAAGCUUCCCACAGAUGAACAGGUGCAAGUGACUAAAAGUAGAAAAAUAGAACCUGAGGUUUUAUCUUGCAACAGAAACGAUGAGUCUGUAAUAGAAGAUGUAAACAAAGCAUGUCAUGCAAAGGCAUCACAAGUAAAACAGGAGUCUGAAGUUAAGCAUGAGUUGCCUGCAUCAUUCAAUAAGGAGUUAAAUGAGAAUUUGGAUUUACUUCAUGAAUCUGAAAGUAAUGAGGCUCUUCCAAGCAGACUUCUUGUAACCGUGUUCAAAUCGCUUGUUGUCAGCCAACCCGGAAGAGGAAGAAUACUUCUCUCAAAUGAAGAGAAUAGCCAGUUGAAGAAUUUUAAAAAAUUUAAAAAGGUUUUAUAUCCUGGAGCUGAAGAGCUUCCUAAAAUUAUUGGGGGCACAGACCUGAAGGCUAACCAAACAAAAAAGAACUCAGAAAUGGAAGAAUGGCUAAGACAAGAAGUGGAGGAGCAAAGCCAGCAACUUAAAGAAGAGAAUCUUGCUGAUGACUUAUUCAGAUAUAACCCAAAAUCUGUCAGAAGAAGAUGAUGAAAUUGAGGAAACGUCUCUUGCAGCAAUAAUCAGUUGCAGUCUUUGAUCUACAAAAAGCCAUUGCAUGUAGCUGAAGAUACUCAAAAGUCAGUCAUGUGUAUUUUCUUCCAAAUGUUUACAGCAUUAUCUCUAUUAUUAGCUUCUGCUCUGUUUUAAUCUUAAUUGUCAUUUUUUUUCUUGAGGUUUUAUUUGUGUUCUGUUAACCAUGUGCUGGCUUGCACUGAGUUUUGUGAGGAAUGGGAGAAGUUUUGCUAGAAACCCAUGAGGAAAAGGGGACAAAUAAAGGAAUGUAUAUGCAGUAUGUAAGGCCAAUAAUUACUAAAGACAUGAAUGCAUCAUCAAGUUGAUUCAGAAGAAAAGUGCUGAAAUUGUUUAAGACACACAUGAAUCAGAAAAUGCAUUUUUUUUUUCCAUGCUUUAGAAGGUUCACAAACCUUGGCCUUUAAACAAGCUACUGUUUUAUGACAAGUAUACAAAAGUUAAUUUGGCUGUUGUACACUUGCUUAAGUACAUGAUUUGUAUUAUAGCAUGUAUUUCUUGAAAUCAAACGAUCUUGCAGU